CUACGAUUUAUAUUCCUUUGGGGGAACAAGAAAGCCUACUCUGCAAGAUCACUUCGAGACUUGGGCGAUCUGUAGCGGUCAAGGUGCUCAAAUGAUGCACUCUGAUCCUUGUUGCCUGCAUUUCUUGUAAGGCUUAACUAUUCAACCCAUGGGCGGGAAGAUUGUGUCCAUGUUGCCGGAGGACAGUUGUCACUUAUGCAAUGGGGACGGGCUGCACCCCAACACCCUCCAUUUUUCCUCCAAGCUGCGGGCCAACCUGGCGCCAUAUCGGCGAGGGUCAGCUGCCAGGCACCCGUCAUCAGGAGAACCCGGGGGACAGAACUCGUUUUCUAUGCACUCGCAAGGGAGCGUGGUUGGUUGGAUGAUGGGUGAGUGGCGGAGUGCCCAACUGCUCUGAGCUGUUGCGGGUGCUGCGUGGAAGCUUCCGUUGGGAGCUCCAGAAGUAUUCCAGUUGUUUUCUAGAAAACGUCAUGGAUUGCUUUAGUCGAAAUCCACAUUUUGGCUGCCGACGGGUGGGCGAGCUAAUGAUGCGCACCGUUUCAUCCCCCCAGUCAUCGAUAAAAUUUUUUCUUCUUUUUCUUAUUUUUAUUUUUAUUUUUAAUGGGAAACUUCGGGCAGAUUUUUUUUUUUUUUGGGGCGGCCAAGCCAAGUCGGCAUGCUUAAGAUGUAACGAUUUAGGCUUGAAGGAACUAAACUCGGUCAAUCAGGUUAACUAAGAGUUAGUUGGCUAGUCAUCUACUCCAUGCAGAGUAACUAGUUAUUUCUCCGUUCAGGGUGUCUUGAAUGAGCAACGGAGAAUUCUACUCCGCAUUCGGUGAGCAAGCGCAUUUGGUACAGCUACGAAACUGAGAUCCUUAUGUAUGGUAUGUGUGUAGUGUACAAACGGAGUACUAAAUGUGAUUUUAAUUG